AUGGGGAAGCAGAACAUGUUUGUGUUCGUGGUCGCCGCUCUGGUCGCGAACUUGUGGCACGCCGCCGAAGCGCAGAGCAGUGAACCCGGCUGCUCGGGCGUCAAGUACGCCUUCCAAGGGAAGGGAUUCGAAAACGACGUCCCUUCGCGGGCCAUCUCAGGAGAGCACCUUCAGAUCUGUGAGCGCUCCCUGACGUGCUGCACCCAGGAGAUGGAGCACCUGCUGAGCGCCCAAAGCCGGGAGGAGUUCGAGCGCGUGCUUCGAGACGAAAUCGGCAAAGUGCGCGCCAAGUUCGCCGCCCGCAUGCAGAGGUUCGACGAGUUCUUCAAGGAAUUGCUGAAGACAUCCAAGAAGGACUUCCACGGCAUGUUCUUGCGCACGUAUGGCAUGCAGUACGACACCAACUCGUACAUUUUCACUGACAUGUUUGACCAGCUGGAAAAAUACUAUCGCACUGGCGGCGUUGACCUGGUGGACGCGUUGGAUGGCUUCUUCCUCGAGCUAUACCGCAAGAUGUUCCAGGUGAUGAACACCCAGUAUGCACUGAGCGAACGCUACCUGCAGUGCGUCAGCGAUUACCGCGACGAGCUGCGCCCCUUCGGUGAUGUGCCCCAGAAGCUGACGCUCGAGGUGAAGCGCUCAUUCGUCGCAACCCGCACCUUCGUACAGGCGCUGGCCAUCGGCAGAGACGUCAUACAAAGCGUCAUGGAGGUUGGACCUUCUGCCAACUGCAGCCAUGCACUGAUGAAGAUGAGCUACUGCCCGCACUGCCAUGGCCUACCGAACCUGAAGCCCUGCUCCUCAUACUGCCACAGUGUAAUGCGUGGAUGCUUGGCCCACCAUAUGGAACUGGACAGCGAGUGGGGUUUAUUUAUUGAUGCCCUCAUGAACCUGGCAAACCGUCUUGAGAGUUCCUUCAACAUUGAGUCAGUUGUAAAUCCAAUAGGAGUGAAGAUAUCUGAAGCCAUUAUGGAUUUCCAAGAGAACAGGGCAACCAUUCUGCAAACGCUGUACGACAAAUGUGGGACGCUCCGCCUGGCUCGCCGUGCGAGUGGCCAGGAGCUGCACUUUGAGACGCUCAAGUUUGGAGGUGCGGGUGGGGGCCAGCAGCCCUCAAUGAGGCCGACCACUGCAGCGGGGACCAGCAUGGACCGGCUGGUACAGGGCAUCAAGAAGCAGAUUCGCGCCACCCGCUCCAUGUGGUCCCAGCUGCCCGACCGCAUGUGCCGCCAGCCAUCGGCACAAUCGCCACCUCCUGAGGAAGAGUGCUGGGACGGACUGAAUCGAGCAAAGUCCGAAGGGGGAAACCGCACAAUUGUGGGAGGCAAGACCAGAGGCCCACACCAGCAGUUUCAUCCGCAGACGCACAACGGCCACAGGGGUGGCAGCACCGAGUACACGAGCAGCAAUGUGGUCAUCAACCAGCUGAUACUCACUCUCAAAAUCAUCACCAACAAGUUGAACCUGGCUUACGGAGGGCACGACGUCCAGUGGCAAGACACCGCCGACCUUGAUGACAUGGGCAGUGGAAGUGGGAGUGGAAGCGGUGACGAUGAGUAUGAACCGGCACCGACCUCGACGACCCCCGACAUUUUCUUCACUGGAUCGCUGCCAACGUCCGGCACUGUGCCCAAGCACCCAGUGACGCCGCACACCAGCUCGGCACACCGCGUGCUGUGUGGUGUGCCUCUAUGGCUCCUGGUCAUCGCCCUAUUGCUCAAGAAGUGCCUGACCAGCAGCGUCUGACGUUCGUUCCUGAUCGUACACGUCUUCUUCUACUUGGCGGCUGCACUGCCUGCCUGCUGCUAGUGCCUGAGUGGGAAAUAUAAACAGAGAAGAAAAAAAAAAGGAGAGCCUUGUGCAACGGUGGUGCAAAGGGAUUAUCGCGAUUCGAGUUGUCGUGCCUGUGAUGCAGCGUGGUUGAGACAUCUUCUGAACUUGUCACUUGGCUGUAAAACGUGAAUCGUUUCGAACGUGGCUUGGCGUGCGUGCAAGUCGUGUGCGCCCGUGAAAUCAGCGGCACGUGGUGUGACAUACUCUCUCGCCCUGGUAUGACCCAGGGGUCAAAGUUUAGGUGUGGACACUUGUCAAAGACACGUGUUUGAGACUUACGUGGCAAUGGAACUGACACGUGUCUAAAGAGAGAUGGUUUUGCGUGAAUGCGACCUGCUUCUCUUCUUCUUCUUUGAUAUUCCCUUCGGAUGUGGAGCAACUUCACGAAUACACUUGUGCGUGGGAAGAAGAAGCAGUGAUGCCUUUCACAGGCUAUGAACUCUUCCAGGUUGAAUGACCUCCCUAUAGUCUGUAUGUGCGGCUAGUUUUCACCUGGAUAGACUGGAGACUGACAAAAGUUGUAGGUCAUGAUCAUGACAUUGGUGUGCUUCUUUACCAGUAGCCGAAUAAGUAGCACACUGUGUGAUUUUUUUUAAAUUUUCUUUUUGUUUCUAAUUGAAGCACAUUGAGAAUCAAAAUUUAGAGCCAUAUUCGUACAGCUUGUGUUUUGUCUACAUAGAUUAGCGCCAUCUUUACAGGUUCAUUUACCUGAAACACAUUUGGUGUCAUUGCUGUGGCUUUCUGCAACUUUUGUUUUUGGCAGGGAGCCCUCGCUACGCCAUGUCAUUCUGCUUGAGCGAUUUUUAAACUGUUGUGCUUGUCACACGCUAAACUUUCACUCUUCAAGGGGCCCUGAACCAUUUUUUUAAUGUAAUCAUCGAAUGACACUAUUGAGAGUUCAUUGUCUAACGAAUCGUUUCCCACAAGAAUUUCUCGAACCCAUCGAGAAUGGGCAAUAUUUAUCACACGCUUUAACCACUUGCUCUUUUGUCUUGACCUGACGAGUACACUGGAAGCUAUUCAGGAAGCUACACAGUGGGAAAGAGGUUACCUCAGUGCACAUUGUGACCUUAAGCGCACGAAAUGAAACGCGACCACUCUUUUCCGCUGCGAUUCGCGCGCAUGAUUGUGGUCACUGUGUAAUGUUAGCACAUUACAUGAAGCCAAGCUCAGGCGUUUUGUGGCACUCUGUGGCAAAAAGCAUCACUGAUCUAAACAACACUCUUAAGUUAUGUUAGCUUUUGUUCAACUGCAUGAUAUGCGUUGUUCGAUGUCAAAGUUCAGGUGUCCCACCCACCGAUGAGAGUCAGAACAGACCUUUGUAUGAAGCCAGCAUUCUUGAAAAAAUGGCAACUUUGCGCUCCGCCUCUGAACUCUCCUUGUGUGCACAACUGCGCUAUUUGGUUGAGCUGUUCGUUGCAGUGUCGGCUUUCUGAAGGAUUUGUUUCCUCACCAAACUCGAGAAAUGGUUCACAACCUCUUUAAAUGCGGGACUUUAACUACCGAGAGAGGUUAAUGUUUAUCUAAAUUAGACCAAUCUUGUGUUCAUUCAAUUAAACUGCAUUCAGUGUUUCUCUCUAGCUCAAAACGAAAGGAGGUUACGUCUUGCAUUUCUCAAAGCUGCUCUUUUAUUAUUUGUAAAUUCUAAAGGUAGAGGUGGGUUGAUUUUUGAUGUUGGCAUUUCUAGCAUAUCGCAAGCACAGGUUAACCUUUAAGUGGCUAAAUUAUAACAUACUUCUUCGUUGUGCUGCUAUCCAGCAGCUUUUUUUUUUCACGUAUAUGUUGAAAUCAUUACUUUCAUUUAUGGCUAAGGGUAGCCUGUCAUCCUUCGAAACAAAAUUGUGUAAAUAGCUUGCAUAUUUUUAUGAACUUAGCUCUUUUGUGGCCUCAUUAAACAUGGAAAUUUCAGAAUAAAUUACAGACGAUAAAUUUCGAAAGCUGGCCUUUCUGCAGGAAAAAUUCACCCUGUUAAAUGUGCAGGCCAACAGUUUCUUGCUUAUUUUCAGUCGCUUACAAUAAUUGCGAGUCUGAUUACAGGAAGGUUGCUUUCAGUCUAGAGGAACUUGCAUUUGGGCUAGUUGGUGGCUUAGCUUGCACCAACUGUGUUCAAGUAUUUAUAUGGUUUUCAAGUAUUUAUAUGGAGAGAUAAACCCGACUAAUCUCAUGCAUUGCCUGUUAGCAUCUAAGGUGUAAUACUUUUUGCAUAACUUUAAUUUUUGUUCACAAAAGUUAGCCAUUGCUAUAUGAGGUUCAGCACAAGUUCUCGUGAAGUCCUUUAGGUAGCUCAGUUUGUGAAGCGAUUGCUGUGCAGCAUCACCAUAAUACAACACUUCCUGAACAUGGUUGCUUGACUAUUAAUGAUGUUCACUCAUCAGUGUCUCCUAUGUAAUUGGAAUGUUGUCAUCAAUACUACAUCACAGUAGUAAGGUCAGUGGAAAGGAGGGGAAACAUUGCCCAGUAAGCUGUCCAUGCAAUUCAAGGACAAGGAUAUAGCAUUCAAUGCACACUCAUUUCAUUAUUUCUGUAAAGAUUUUUUAUUUAAAAGCGUAGUUGUGCCUGGCAGUAAUAAGACAACCCUGCAAGGGCUGCACACCAUGCAUUUUAUAUGUGGUACAAUAAAUGAGUGGAACUGAGUGAUGUAGGGGGGGUUUCGGGAAUACCUUUCGUACAGAUAUCAAGUUAUAAGUAUGUCACCAUCGAUUUUGUUAUUGUGACUGAACUGUUGAGAAAGCUUAUAGUUGUCAUAGUAUAUGUAAGGACCUACUGCUUUCAAACAUUUAUAAUGUACCGGCUUGAUCGGUAGAAAAAAAAAAGAAAUACACACUUUAUUCAGUCACCAGGGUGUGUACAGUCAGCGCAAGGUGGCACAGCUUUAGGUGCUCUAUACAAAACACUUCAUUUAUUUUUAUUAUGGCAAUCUUGUCACAGUUUUUUCUUUCUUUUCUACACUCUAAUCUAUGCUCAUAGCAGUGAAACAAUCUGGACGAUUGGACAACUGGACAAAAGAGGCGAUAAGACAACUAUUCAUCGAUAGUUAGCUUAUUGUCUCAUUUGCAUGUCCUGCCAUCAGUAUCUGAGCAGGCUAAAUCAAAAAACAAAGCCACUGCUUCAUGCAGCAAACAAAAACUAUUUCAGUGCAAUAAAAAUAAAACUACUAGAAUAGCUUGAAACAAUCACGCUGGACUAGGAACAUAUGGAGGUUUCAAGAACUUUUCGAACUCACUGUUACUGGUUUCCAUUUGCUUAUGCGAUUUGUACACUGAAUCACCAUGUGCUGUAGUACACCGUAGCAAGACACAACAAAAACAUUUUGGCUUCCUUUGUUGCAAGUUUGUCACUGUAAGUGACCAUUACGAACAAAAAGCGUAGUACCAAAGUUUUAAAGGGGCCCUGCAACACUUCUUCAGCAUGGUCAGAAAACACUGCCGAUUGGUAGUUGAGGCUCUUAAGAACAAGCAAGCCAAACGUUGUAGCAUGACAUGUAGCCUCAGAUUUACAAGUCUCAAACUCAGCAGGAAACGCUUCUCACUGUGCUCAGCAAAUCAUGCUACAAACCUAAGGUCGGUGAUCAUUUGCUGAGUUCAACAUCGUGAACUGCAAAGUUACCGUAGCCACCGCGGGACGCCACCACAAGCCCCUUUGCAAACUCUCAUUCACAGUGAAAGUAAGCUGCGCUUUCAAAGAAAAAAAGAAUAGAAAGUGCUCAAGAUCACGAUGCUCGCUGAUGAAGGGAUGCAUUUUCUUGCCCCUUGUCGUCACCUUACCUGCAUAGCUUUUAGUGUACUGGCUGGUACGAAAGGACAGAGAAAGCAUUUGGGAGCCUUUGACAAACUCCUUUUACUCCACUUUUCCUUGACGAAGUUUAAAACUUUCUGCGGCAUACAAUUUGCACAGCAAUAAAUUCUCUAAAUGAAGUCAUUCGAUGAUUACUUGGAAAAGUGUUGCUGGGCCCAUUUAAGGCAUAUUCAUUUUUUCUCAUAUCAGCUGUCAAAUGAAGGUCGUAGGUCUUGUGUGUGAAGCGCUUGGUUAUGUCAAACAGCACUGAAUGGGAGCCCCAUUUGAAAGGGCACCUCUUUCACUGUCGAGUUUUAGCUUAACUAUCCACUCAGUCACUGCUCGACCAUUACUCGCUGAUUCGAUCUAUAUGCUUCUGGUGCUUUUUAAUGAGCUCAUGAAAAUUUGGGCAAGCAAAAAAAAAAAAAAUAGCUUGACUGCAACUGAUCAGGGGGAACCGAAUCAAGCUGUUGGUUUUCGUGCAGAAGAGCAGAAGCUUAUUAAAUUAUUCAGUUCAUCGUCAACUAAAUUAUGUAUCCGACUGAGGUCGUGUGAUAAUGUACUGCCUUAGUGCUUCUUCUAGGAAGACGUGCUUGUGUCAUUAACAUUUCAUCCGCUUUACUAGUAAAACAAAAUCGGGUUCAAAUAUCUGCUUGAUUUGUCUCAUUGCUUUAAAAAAUGCUGAUUUGUGGCUGUUUUGGUGUUCAAGAGAAGUUACAAGAGAUGGCACGCUAAAGGCAGAAUUUUUUGCAUUUUCGCAAUGUGAGGUUCAUAUUGAUCACAUUUCAUUUUUUCAACAGACCUGUCAGGCAUCCCAGCCGUACCUGUUGGCUUUCUAUUUACCUAAUUGUGCUUGUAAUGUGUUUCUUAUUACACUGUGGUUCAAAUGGUACUCAUUUUUACCAAUAAGUGUUCGUGGAUGCAUUGGCUUCAUUUUGCCACAACAUCAUUUCAUACAAGAGGUCACAGUUUUUGCUGAAUUUUCUGAGCUUUUUACUUGAAAAUGCACAGUGUUGGUACAAGUUUUUUUAAAACUCAUGCUGUCACAGUAAGAUAGCUUUUAAUGAGCUAGUGAAUAAAUUUAUUCGCAUAUGCUUCUUUCAUUUUUUUGUGUCUGCAUUUUGUACCAUAAGCUGCACAAAAAUUUGCAUACUACAGAUGUCGUUUUGAUUAUCAUUUAUUUGCAUAGCAGAGCCUUCCCAACGAUGUAAUCAGCAACUGCGGCUGAACUUCGGUAUGCCGGGCAUGAAUAUGAUGAAUUCUUGGAUGUAACAAAGCAAAUAUGAAUUCUUUUUGUUAAUAUCAACAUGUAAUGAAUACUGCACAUCGUGCAGUAUAUGCCUAUGACGGAUGUGAGGAAAAAAUAAGGGAUUUUUCACAUGACUUCAUUGUAAUGAAAUUCAACUGUUAUUCCUUUCGGUUAUUACUAUUUAUUACUUUGUUUAGCACCAUAUUAUUUCGACUGUAUUUUCGUUUGGUUUGUCACAUUCCCAGACAAGUAAAUAAGUGGUUUUGUUAACCACUGUUCAUUUCUACUGGACCUUCUUUCAUCAAUGUUUUGACAUCUUUUACUCUAUUACUUUAGCUUUCUUGAAACUCUGUGAAAGUAUUGCUUUCUUUUUUGUUGCACCCACUUCUUUUCAUGAGUUGGCAGUGAUGUUCAUUGUUUCAAGUUUGGCAUUUUCUAAUUGACUUUACUUACGCUGGCAGAAAACUGCAUCUAGCCACUUAGUCUUAUAGUCUACAUUUUGAUUAUUUAUUAAUCUAAAGCACUAUCACUGUAUUUGUAAAAUCUUGUUUAAUUAGAGCUUUCUUCUCAUUUUUCGUGCCUGUUGUACGAGCCAUUCUGCCUUAUGUUUUUACCGCGUUCAUAGUUGAUUCCGUAGGUCAACUAUUUUAGGCAGUAUGUGUGUUUGACGCGCUAUUUAUUAGGACUUGCAACAUCUUUAAUGCUAGUGUACCUUCAUUCUUUGCAUAGGUUUAGUAAGCAUUUCAGGUUAGCAGUGUGUUAAUAUUGUUGUAACUGCGACUUUUAAGCUGUUGUAAAUGUCUGGUUACUUUGUGUACGCAUGUGUGGAUGCUCGUGCUUUGUUUUGCAAGUCUUUAAAAGGCAGCUCGGUGUUUACUUUGGCUUUCAAAAAUGCACAAGUUAUAGAUAGCAAAAAAAAAAAGAAAUCGUCAGGAUUUUUUCGUUUGUUUAUUUUCACAGGAAAUGCUAGGUGUUCUCUAAAGUGAAGUGUGGGAUCGGGCUAGUUGGUAAUCUAUUAUUAAACUUCUCAGCAUAAAAACCUCCGACAACUAACAUGAGAACUAACUAACACGCCCUUGUCCACGUCUCUUGUGUUAGUUGUCGGAAGUUUUUCUGCUGAGAAGUUUAGUAAUAGUUCUCUUAAAGCUUGAAGUGUCACACAAAGAAGUAUCUACGUAUGAGUGUAGACUGGACUGAAGAUGGUUGUGACUAUACUAACAUUCAAAUUAUACAUCGUUGGCACUGUUAACAUGUUUGUUUUGUACUUUCUCACGUUUCAGUCUUUUUUUGUGUGUGUGUGCUGAUGUCAUGGGUGGUAUGCUGCGUCUUGUAUGGUUUGUACCGAAGUGCCAAACGUAUGGCGGAAUGGACAGCUCUUUCAUCUGCGAGCUACCUUGAUCGAUGCUGGCUUUAUUUGAUCAUCAUUGUGUGUGUGAUGACUCUUUGAUGUAUGUAUGUGUACAUAUUUAUGUUCCAAAUGAAAAAAUCUAUUGCUUUUCAA